AUGAACACUCGCGUUCGCCAAAACCCUUUUUCAGCAGCCCACAUGGGUAUCACGAAGUGUUUCUGUGGAAAUUUGACAGUGGAAGAUCACGAUUUCUGUUUUUGCUCUCCGGGGUGUGCUCGUGCGGAUGCUAUGGCCGCCCUGGGGGGAGAAGAUUCCCACUAUCGGAAAGUCGUGCGGAAGGCGUAUGUCAGCUGCGGUGCUCUGCCGCCUGCCAUAUACAAGCGCAAGGCAGAGGGGAAAACUCCGAUUGCGAAGCAUGUUCCAGCCAUCCCUCGACCUGUCAGCGCAACGCAUCAAUGCAAAAAGCAAAAUAUAGGCGGCCAGUAUGAUGGGUCUGCCAAAAAAGAAAAGGUGUUCCCUACGCUAGCUCAAGUAACGACUGUCGUUCUUGCUCGAAGGGCAAAGCAGGGAGGCGAAGCAGUGGUCGAGACUUUGGUGAAAACUCCCCAUGUCGCCGUUCAGAUAUCCCUCGAUGCGCUUCCUAUUCCUAUCCAACAAACCAGGCCGGGCCUUGAUCGGGGCACUCAUAAAUCACCGUUGACACAAUUACAUGGUGCGCCACAGCAAACUAUGCCACUGAAAGUCGAUGACAAGACCGUUGCCCUCAGAAAUCAAUCAUCGAUCCUUCACCCGAUAGCCGAAGAAAGAGGAAGGGAGAACUGUGAUAACGCCCCUCUUCCUCGGAAGCUGGAUCGUCGCGCAGAGGAAAGGCCAAUGCCUCCACGCCCUCAACGACCAGUCCUUCCAAACACGACCGCUGCAAUCUGCCCUCUGAGAAGCCUUCGUCGCUCAACUUCAUUCGCAGGUUGGCACAGCCCAGCUGAACAUUGCGAUCGUGUCUCGAAGAAUGACGAAUCUCUUAAGGAAUUAUUCGACCAACUUGAGGAUAUUCGAACUUGGAUUGAGGGAUGGGAUGGAAUGCCAGACUCCAACGCGAAGCCGCACGGGGUGUGA